ACGCGUACCAUCGAAAUAUUGCUUGCGACCGUCGAACAUGCCAAGCAUCUCGACGCCCUGGACACUCACCCAAGAUCGCAUCGGCCAAAGGGGUGAACACAAUGUGGACUGUGCUUCCUCUGUCCCCAAGGUUCAGAAGCACCGCGACUACUUCUUUGCCGAUGGCAACGUGUUGCUUCAGGUCGAGGACGUACAGUACAAGCUACAUCGAUCGCUGCUCGGGAAACAUUCUCCUGUAUUCGAAGCGCUCUUCACGAUCCCGCAGCCGGCAGGCUCUAGCGAAGGAUGCUCCGAAGAGAAUCCCAUAAUUUUGUCGGGGAUACAAGCCGCUAAUUUCACCCGCUUUCUCAGUCUGCUAUAUCCUCAUUCGUUGGGUUUAUGCGACAUCGCCACCGUCGACGAAUGGACGUCAGUGAUGGACCAAGCCGAUCGCUGGCAAGUGGACAGUCUUCGAGAACACGCGAUAGCUCAGCUGCGCGGGCUAUACAUUGAGCCUGUCAGGAAGAUCAUCAUCUGGCAGCGCUACAACCUCCCCGCCGACGAGCUGGUCCCCUCGUAUAUGGACGUCAUCUCUCGCCCUCAAUCCCUGUCCGAACUGGAGGCGCACGAUCUCGGACUCCCACAAUUUGUCGCGAUUGCUCAAGCCAGGGACGCCGUGCAUCUCAGAGGUGCCUGCCGAUGCUGUGCAGGCUCCAAGCCUCAUUCGGGCACCAGCGCAGGCAGGGACCGCAUUUUGGAGGACAUCGUACGUACCGUCAUCGGAAUCACGCGCCCUCCCAAUGCGAGAUACUAGACCUCAGCUAGCUAUGCGUUGACAUACCAUUCUUUCAUCGGACUUCGCUCCUUUUUGCUAGUUCUUGACACCGCAGUUUACUCGCAUACCCAUAUCGUCGCUCGCUCCCUCUCCCUCUAAUGGACCCCUCGGAUACAUUGUAUUACAAAAGAUCUUAU